CAGGAAGUGAGUCCCCUGGAGGAGGCUCUUCUGCCUGGUGGAACGGUAGAAAGUGAAAGAAAACUUCCUGGAGGGUUUCCGUCUCUACCUCUUCCUCCCCACUCUGUUUUAAGGAAUUUUUCUCUGGUUGUGAGGAUAAGCCUUAGGAGUGUAAGCAUGUGAAAUCAGGCAGUUUAGGGGUCUUGGCAUCGGGGGACUUGGUGACUGCGAUGUGGCCGGGACAGGGUGGAGCAGGUUACAAUUACAUUCGACUAACACUGGACAAGCAUGAGUUUCAACAGUUGUCUCUAUGAUAUUGGGGAAAAUCUGGGCAGUGAUGAGCUGGCCUCCCUCAAGUUCCUGAGCCUGGACUACAUCCCACAAAGGAAGCAGGAACCCAUCAAGGAUGCCUUAACGUUAUUCCAGAGACUCCAGGAAAAGAGAAUGUUGGAGGAAAGCAACUUGUCCUUCUUGAAGGAGCUGCUAUUCCGAAUUAAUAGACUGGAUUUGCUGGUCAACCACCUAGGCACCAGCGGAGAAGAGAUGAAGAAGGAGCUGCAGAUACCGGACAAGGCUCAGAUCUCUGCCUACAGGGUCAUGCUUUUUCAGAUUUCGGAAGACGUAAACAAACCGGAAUUGAAGGCCUUUAAGUUUCUUUUGAGCCAGGAGAUCGCCAAAUGUAAACUGGAAGAUGACAUGACCUUGCUUGAUAUUUUCAUAGAGAUGGAGAAGAGGCUUAUACUUGGGAAAAGAAAUCUGGACACCCUGAAAAGAAUCUGUGACCAAGUCAACAAGAGCCUGCUGAAGAAAAUCAGUGAUUAUGAAGAAUUAAGCAGAGAACGAACCUCUUCACAGAAGGGCAGCCCAGACAGCAAUAAGACGCAGCUCCUGUGUUGGAUUUUUGUUUUUCAGACAUCGGACAAAGUUUACCGAAUGAAAAGCAAGCCUCGUGGGUACUGUGUGAUAUUUAACAAUUAUGAUUUUAGCGAAGCACGGAAGGCUGUGCCCAAACUUCACAGCAUCAAGGAUAGAAAUGGAACAGACUUGGAUGCAGGGGCUUUGAGUGAAACCUUUAAAGACCUUCAUUUUGAGAUAAAUACUUUCAAAAACUGCACAGCAAAGGAAAUCUGUGAUGUUCUGAAAUCCUAUCAAAGCAGAAACCACAAUAACAAGGACUGCUUCAUCUGUUGCAUCCUCUCCCAUGGAGACAAGGGCAUCAUCUAUGGCUGUGAUGGGCAGGAAGUCCCCAUCUAUGAGCUGACUUCUUACUUCACUGGUUCAAAUUGCCCUUCCCUCGUAGACAAACCGAAAAUCUUUUUUAUUCAGGCUUGUCAAGGGGAUAACUACCAGAGAGGUAUACCUGUUGAGACUGACUCAGAAGAGAAGGAAACCUAUUUAGAAAUGGAUUCAUCGUUUCAGAAGAGAUAUAUCCCUGAUGAGGCCGACUUUCUGCUAGGGAUGGCCACUGUGAACAACUGUGUUUCCUACCGAAACCCCAUGGAGGGAACCUGGUAUAUUCAGUCACUCUGUCAGAGCCUGAGAGAAAAAUGUCCUAGGGGUGAAGAUAUUCUUACCAUCCUCACUGAUGUGAACUUUGAAGUGAGCAGAAAGGAUGACAAGAAAAAUAUGGGGAAGCAGAUGCCACAACCUACCUUCACCCUGAGAAAAAAACUCUUUUUCCCUCUGAAUUGAUGUAUAACACUAUGCUUAAUUUAAUUAUUAGUAAUAUGCUGCUGUUUAAGCAUUUUAUGCUUUGUACUAGCUUAACACUAUGCUUAAUUUAAUUAUUAGUAAUAUGCACUAUUCCCCUCCCCCAACCCCCUUCUUUUUGGAUGGCAGGAAGGGAAGAGAAUGGGAGUCUAGCUAUUAUUGCAAAGCUAGACUCCCAUAGACACUUAGGCCUGAAUUUGCACAAAAAUUAGAUUGUUUUGGUUCCCAUGAUUUUAAUUGUAUUUUUAAUUUGAUAAAAAAGUUUUUAAAAAUAUAGUAGAUAAAAAAGUAUAGUAAGUUUAAAAAAAAUGUAACAUAAUUUCAAAAACAGUGACAGAAUGUUCUUCACCCAUCUCUCAUCUGCUUUCAAUCCAUUAUCAUUUAAUUCCCUUCAAAUUGUUAAGAAUUUACUUUUUUUGUAUAUAUAAUACUUCUAUUUCCAAGCCAUCCUCUACACUACCUUACAAUUUUUUACUCUUCUUCAUUCCUGAGUUUGUCUACAGAUUAAAUUGACAUAAGCUAAAUUAACAGGAGAAAAAACAAUUUAAUUUUCAUAUAUACAGGAGUUCAUAGAAAUCUGAGACUCAAAGAAAUGACCAAAGCAGGCAGAUGUUAUACCUUUUAGACAAAGUAGCCAUAAAUUUGUGAAGAAUUAACAAGACAAAAAAGUUUGGGCUUGGGAUAGUAAAUUAGUAAAAAAAUAACAAGAUUUGUUUAUAUCGCUUUUUUGGCCCUGAAUUCCUUAUCUUUGGUGAUAAGGAUGGCUUCUACCCUCUUGGUACAGGGAGGUCACCUUUCACGUGGAGGUUUAUUUCCUGUUUUUGGGAGGAAUAAAAGAGGGUCACAAUGUCUUUCUCGUAUUGGCUAUUUCUCAAGUCACUCUAGUUCAAAAUAAUCAGUAUGCCCUGAACCCCAUUACAAAGUUCUUUAAAAUACAAAAUGGAAAAUAUUAUUUCUUACAUUAAAAGCUUUUAAAAAUUCAAAGUGUUUUAUAAAUUCUUUUUAAUCUGUUUUCAAACUCCCUUCUCAACCUUUUCUCUUAUCAUUCUAGCAAUAUGUAUAUGCUUCUGCAUAUGUUUGUAAUUUUAGAGCUAAGUUUUUUUAAAGAAUUUUUCAAAACUAUUUUAAUAAAAUGGUAUUUUAUUUUACUGUUC